AUGACAGCUCCUUCGCCAGAUCCAAAUGCUAUUGCUUUGGCACAGCAAGGAUUUGGAGUUAUGGGAAGGUUUGGGCACCUCAGGGGGUUUGCAGUAUCUAUGGCUUCUGCAAGCUCCUCCAUUGCCCGCCAUGGCUCUUCCCAAUCCACAACUACCACUUCCCUUUCCCUUCCCACCUUCUACGGCCUCAAGUCAACCGCCGCCACUUCCCGCCGCCGUAUUGCCAAUGUCCCAACCACCACCACUCGCCACUCUGUACCACGCGCCUCCGCUACUGUAGAGACACUAGAGAAAACUACAGAUACGGCCCUCGUUGAAAAAUCGGUCAAUACUAUCCGGUUCUUGGCCAUCGAUGCCGUUGAGAAGGCCAACUCGGGUCACCCGGGUCUGCCAAUGGGUUGCGCUCCGAUGGGUCAUAUAUUGUACGAUGAGGUCAUGAGGUAUAAUCCCAAGAACCCUUCGUGGUUCAAUCGUGACCGCUUUGUGCUCUCCGCUGGCCACGGAUGCAUGCUUCAGUAUGCUCUUCUACACCUUGCAGGAUAUGACUCCGUCCAGGAAGAGGAUUUGAAGAGUUUCCGUCAAUGGGGAAGCAAAACACCUGGUCAUCCUGAGAACUUUGAGACAAUUGGUGUUGAAGUCACCACUGGUCCACUUGGUCAGGGUAUUUGCAAUGCUGUUGGUUUGGCCCUUGCAGAGAAGCAUUUGGCUGCUCGUUACAACAAGCCUGAUAGCGAAGUUGUUGAUCACUAUACUUAUUGUAUCCUUGGUGAUGGAUGCCAAAUGGAGGGCAUUUCAAAUGAGGCUUGUUCCCUUGCUGGGCACUGGGGACUUGGAAAGUUGAUUGCUUUCUAUGAUGACAACCAUAUUUCUAUUGAUGGUGACACUGAAAUUGCCUUCACCGAGAGUGUUGACACCCGUUUUGAGGGUCUUGGAUGGCAUGUAAUCUGGGUGAAGAAUGGAAACACUGGUUAUGAUGAAAUUCGUGCUGCCAUCAAGGAAGCAAAGACCGUAACAGACAAGCCCACUUUGAUUAAGGUGACUACAACCAUUGGUUACGGUUCUCCCAACAAGGCUAACUCAUACAGUGUACAUGGAAGUGCACUAGGUGCCAAGGAAGUUGAUGCCACCAGGAAGAACCUUGGAUGGCCUUAUGAGCCCUUCCACGUGCCCGAUGAUGUGAAGAAGCAUUGGAGCCGCCAUACCCCUGAGGGUGCUGCCCUUGAAGCUGAAUGGAAUGUCAAGUUUGCUGAAUAUGAGAAGAAGUAUCCAGAGGAAGCAGCAGAAUUGAAGUCUAUCAUUACUGGUGAACUACCUUCUGGUUGGGAGAAAGCUCUUCCAACAUACACUCCAGAGAGCCCAGCUGAUGCCACCAGGAAUCUGUCUCAACAAAACCUCAAUGCUCUUGCUAAGGUUCUCCCUGGUCUACUCGGUGGCAGUGCUGAUCUUGCCUCAUCUAACAUGACCCUUCUAAAAAUGUUUGGUGAUUUUCAAAAGAACACGCCCGAAGAGCGCAAUGUGAGGUUUGGUGUACGUGAACACGGUAUGGGAGCCAUCUGCAAUGGAAUCGCUCUUCAUAGCCCUGGCUUGAUUCCUUACUGUGCAACUUUCUUUGUGUUUACUGACUACAUGAGAGCAGCCAUGAGGAUCUCUGCCUUGUGUGAAGCCGGAGUUAUCUAUGUUAUGACACACGACUCGAUUGGUCUUGGUGAAGAUGGACCAACUCAUCAGCCUAUUGAGCACUUGGCAAGUUUCCGAGCUAUGCCCAACAUUUUGAUGCUCCGUCCAGCCGACGGAAAUGAGACAGCCGGUGCAUACAAGGUGGCUGUCCUCAACAGAAAGAGACCAUCUGUCCUUGCCCUCUCUCGGCAAAAGCUGCCCCAACUUCCUGGAACCUCCAUUGAAGGAGUAGAAAAGGGAGGUUACAUUAUAUCAGAUAAUUCAUCUGGUAACAAGCCUGAUGUGAUUUUGAUGGGAACAGGUUCCGAGUUGGAAAUUGCAGCAAAGGCUGCUGAUGAACUCAGAAAGGAAGGGAAGACAGUUAGAGUCGUCUCUUUCGUUUCUUGGGAGCUUUUUGACGAGCAAUCAGACGAGUACAAGGAAAGUGUUUUGCCUGCGUCUGUAACAGCUAGGGUUAGCAUUGAAGCUGGAUCGACAUUUGGAUGGCAUAAGAUUGUUGGACAGAAAGGGAAGGCCAUUGGAAUUGACCGAUUUGGGGCUAGUGCACCUGCAGGAAUAAUAUACAGGGAAUUUGGCAUAACAGCAGAAGCCGUUAUAGCAGCAGCCAAAGAAGUCUCCUAG